GGUUUGAUCAAACCCAAAGAGCAUUCACAGGAAUCCAUCAGAAAUAGUCUACAGCAAUGCUGCCAAAGAAAUUAAACUGCACCUGAAGACAUCAGUUUUACCAAGAUAUGCUGGAGCAGAUCUUGUAUCGAAGGAAAGCAAAACAUAUUUGGAGUAAAGUAGCAAAUUCUGCAUCUUGCGUCAUCACUGAAUGUCAUGUGGUAGAGAGCUAUAUAAAUGACUGUGGUGGUCGUACCUGCAGCGCGUUAUGAAGAUGAGUGCAGCGUAUGGCCUGUUGCUCUCAGUGGCUUUGACGAGCUUGAUACUGACUGGCACAUUUGGAGCUGAUAUCAUCAAUGGCAAAAAAGCCAAGAAGAACUCCAUGCUGUACAUGGCAUCAGUGCAGAUUGAUGGAAAACACAAUUGUGGAGGAUUCCUGAUCAACCCGAGCUAUGUGCUCACAGCCGCACACUGCGAUAAAAGUGGUAACAUGACCGUGAUCCUGGGCACCCACAACAUCAGUCCACAAGGAGCACAUUUGAGAAGAUAUACAGUGCAAAAUAGACAUAAGCACCCAUCCUACAAAGAUGCCAAAACUGGGAAUGACAUCAUGCUUCUGAAGCUGUCCAAGAAGCUGAAAACAGGCAAAGGUGUGAAAACCAUCAAAAUCCCGAGCAAGGACAAACCCCUGAAGCCAAAGACCAAGUGCCAGGUUGCAGGAUGGGGUCAAACUGAACAGGAAAAUGUGGUGAAUGAUCUGCUGGUGACAGAUGUGUCACCUAUCAACUCCUCCAUCUGCCAGACAAUGUGGAAAAAAGUGCGAGUGAAUCUCCCCAAACACGUCCUGUGUGCUGGGGGUUUCGGGACCAAAAGUGGCGCUUGCCAGGGUGAUUCGGGUGGACCGCUGGUGUGCAGUGGGACAGCAGUGGGAAUUGUCUCUUUCAACAUGGGACGCUGUGACUACCCAAAUGUUCCCAAUGUUUACACUGAAAUUUCAAAAUACAGAUCCUGGAUCAAGGAGGUGAUCAAAGGAGGUGCUUGAUGCCUAUGAAAAUGCAUUGUUUUGUUGUGCAGUAUGUCAAGCUCAGCUUUUAUGGUGCCAUGUGAAUGCUCGCUGUCAAACUUGUCAAUAAAACUGAGAAAAGAACAAUAAGCAAUGACUCUGCAUUUUU